AUGACAACUGGUAUGAAAGAUAAUAAUAACAAGUCCACAAUCUAUGUUGGUGGACUAGAUGAUCAAGUUAAUGAGCAAAUUUUGCAUGCAGCAUUUAUUCCCUUCGGUGACAUAGUAGAAAUUCAAAUUCCACCGGAUCCGGCAUCUCAUAAUCAACAUCGUGGAUUUGGUUUUGUUGAAUUUGAAGAAGCAUGUGAUGCACAAGCUGCAAUAGAUAACAUGAAUUUAUCAGAACUUUAUGGUAAAGUAGUAAAGGUUAAUUUGGCGAGACCGAUUCGAAUUAAAGAUGGAAGUAUGAGAGCAGAAUCGCAAGAAGCACAAGAAGCACAAGAAACACAAGGAACACAAGUGGAAUCGAGUACAAUUCAAAUGGAUACUUCUGAGGAUUGA